GCGUGGUUGUUCAGUCCCAGGCCGGCCCACCAUGAUGGUCAGCACCACGGCCAUGAACACCGCGCUGCUGCAGUGGCAACCCCCCAAGGAGCUCCCCGGGGAGCUGCUGGGCUACCGGCUGCAGUACCGCCGGGCCGACGAGGCAGAGCCCAGCGUCAUGGAUUUUGGCAAGGACCGACAGCACUUCACUGUCAUCGGCCUACACAAGGGAGCCACCUACGUCUUCCAGCUGGCCGCCAAGAACCGGGCUGGCCUAGGAGAGGAGUUCGAGAAGGAGGUCACGACUCCCGAGGACAUACCCAGCGGCUUCCCCCAAAACCUGCGAGUGAUAGGGCUGACCACCUCCACCACGGAGCUGACCUGGGACCCGCCGGUGCUGGCGGAGAGGAAUGGGCGCAUCACCAGCUACUCCGUGCUGUACCGUGACAUCAACAGCCAGCAGGAGCUGCAGAACCUCACCGCCGACACCCGCCUCACGCUCUCCGGCCUCAAGCCGGACACCACUUACGACAUCAAGGUCCGAGCCCGGACCAGCAAAGGCGCCGGCCCACUCAGCCCCAGCAUCCAGUCCCGGACCAUGCCCGUGGAGCAAGUGUUUGCCAAGAACUUCCGCGUGGCGGCCGCGAUGAAGACGUCUGUGCUGCUCAGCUGGGAGGUCCCCGACUCCUACAAGUCAGCUGUACCCUUCAAGAUUCUGUACAACGGGCAGAGUGUGGAGGUGGACGGGCACUCCAUGCGGAAGCUGAUCGCAGACCUGCAGCCAAACACAGAGUACUCGUUUGUGCUCAUGAGCCGUGGCAGCAGCGCCGGGGGCCUGCAGCACCUCGUGUCCAUCCGCACGGCCCCGGACCUCCUGCCGCACAAGCCGUUGCCCGCCUCCGCCUAUGUAGAGGACGGUCGCUUCACCCUCUCCAUGCCCCACGUGCAGGACCCCUCCCUCAUCAGGUGGUUCUACAUCGUGGUGGUACCCGUGGACCGUGUGGGCGGGAGCAUGCUGGCCCCGAGAUGGAGCACCCCCGAGGAGCUAGAGCUGGACGAGCUUCUGGAGGCCAUCGAGCAGGGCGGUGGGGAGCGGCGACGUCGGCGGCAGGCAGAGCGGCUGAAGCCCUACGUGGCUGCUCAGGUGGACGUGCUCCCCGAGACCUUCACCCUGGGGGACAAGAAGAGCUACCGGGGCUUCUACAACCGGCCCCUGUCUCCGGACCUGAGCUAUCAGUGCUUUGUGCUCGCCUCCCUGAAGGAACCCAUGGACCAGAAGCGCUAUGCCUCCAGCCCCUACUCCGAUGAGAUCGUGGUCCAGGUGACACCAGCCCAGCAGCAGGAGGAGCCUGAGAUGCUGUGGGUGACAGGCCCCGUCCUGGCGGUCAUCCUCAUCAUCCUCAUUGUCAUCGCCAUCCUCCUGUUCAAGAGGAAGAGGACCCACUCCCCAUCGUCCAAGGAUGAGCAGUCAGUCGGGCUGAAGGACUCCUUGCUGGCCCAUUCCUCUGACCCCGUGGAGAUGCGGAGGCUCAACUACCAGACGCCAGGUUCCAGUGUCCCCAGUUGCCCGAAUAUCUCAAGUAUGCGAGACCACCCGCCCAUCCCCAUCACCGACCUGGCAGACAACAUCGAGCGCCUCAAAGCCAACGACGGCCUCAAGUUCUCCCAGGAGUAUGAGUCCAUUGACCCUGGACAGCAGUUCACAUGGGAGAAUUCCAACCUAGAGGUGAACAAGCCCAAGAACCGCUACGCAAAUGUCAUUGCCUACGACCACUCCCGAGUCAUCCUUACCUCCAUCGACGCUGUCCCAGGGAGUGACUACAUCAAUGCCAACUACAUCGACGGCUACCGCAAGCAGAAUGCCUACAUUGCCACGCAGGGCCCUCUGCCUGAGACCAUGGGCGAUUUCUGGCGGAUGGUGUGGGAACAGCGCACAGCUACUGUGGUCAUGAUGACACGGCUGGAGGAGAAGUCCCGGGUGAAGUGUGACCAGUACUGGCCGGCCCGGGGCACUGAGACGUACGGCCUCAUUCAGGUGACCCUGCUGGACACAGUGGAGCUGGCCACCUACACCGUGCGCACCUUCGCACUCCACAAGAGUGGCUCCAGUGAGAAGCGGGAGCUGCGUCAGUUUCAGUUCAUGGCCUGGCCAGACCACGGGGUUCCCGAGUACCCCACCCCCAUCCUGGCCUUCCUGCGGCGGGUCAAGGCCUGCAACCCGCUCGAUGCAGGGCCCAUGGUGGUGCACUGCAGCGCGGGCGUGGGCCGCACGGGGUGCUUCAUCGUGAUCGAUGCCAUGCUGGAGCGGAUGAAGCACGAGAAGACGGUGGACAUCUACGGCCACGUGACGUGCAUGCGCUCACAGCGGAACUAUAUGGUGCAGACCGAGGACCAGUAUGUGUUCAUCCACGAGGCGCUGCUGGAGGCCGCCACGUGUGGACACACAGAGGUGCCUGCCCGCAGCCUGUAUGCCCAUAUCCAGAAGCUGGGCCAAGUGCCUCCUGGGGAGAGUGUGACCGCCAUGGAGCUCGAGUUCAAGUUGCUGGCCAGCUCCAAGGCCCACACAUCCCGCUUCAUUAGCGCCAACCUGCCCUGCAACAAGUUCAAGAAUCGCCUGGUGAACAUCAUGCCCUAUGAGUUGACCCGUGUGUGUCUGCAGCCCAUCCGUGGCGUGGAGGGCUCGGACUACAUCAAUGCCAGCUUCUUGGAUGGCUAUAGACAACAGAAGGCCUACAUAGCCACACAGGGGCCUCUGGCAGAGAGCACCGAGGACUUCUGGCGCAUGCUAUGGGAGCACAACUCCACCAUCAUCGUCAUGCUGACCAGGCUUCGGGAGAUGGGCAGGGAGAAAUGCCACCAGUACUGGCCAGCAGAGCGCUCUGCUCGCUACCAGUACUUUGUCGUUGACCCGAUGGCCGAGUACAACAUGCCCCAGUACAUCCUGCGUGAGUUCAAGGUCACGGACGCCCGGGAUGGGCAGUCGAGGACGAUCCGGCAGUUCCAGUUCACAGACUGGCCCGAGCAGGGUGUGCCCAAGACGGGUGAGGGCUUCAUCGACUUCAUCGGGCAGGUGCACAAGACCAAGGAGCAGUUCGGGCAGGACGGGCCCAUCACGGUGCACUGCAGCGCUGGCGUGGGCCGCACCGGCGUGUUUAUCACUCUGAGCAUCGUCCUGGAGCGGAUGCGCUAUGAGGGCGUGGUCGACAUGUUCCAGACCGUGAAGACCCUGCGCACGCAGCGCCCGGCCAUGGUGCAGACGGAGGACCAGUAUCAGCUGUGUUAUCGUGCGGCCCUGGAGUACCUUGGCAGCUUUGACCACUACGCAACGUAACCAGCGCUCCCCUCUCCUCCGCCGCCCCUGCCUGGGCUCCGGAGGGGACCCAGCUCCUCUGAGCCAUACCGACCAUCGUCUCGCCUCCUGCGGGGUCACAGCGUUCCAGGAACAUGGCCACACCGAAUGGAGAGCCCGGGACACCCCUGGGCGAGUGGGUGGGCCGGCAGGCAGGCGCCGUGGCCCGUCUCUGUCCACCAGGCCCACCCAGAGCCUGCUUCGAGCUCUCUGUUCCACUGCCGCGCUUCUCGUGCUUCUUCUCAUGGGGUGGGGAUGGGGGCGGACCUCCUUUUUUAUACAUCAAGUGGGGUAGACUGAGGGAUUCUAGCCUCUUCCCUCUGAUUUUCCUUUUGCAAAUCCUUAAUUGCAGAAUGGGCCGCUGUGGGGGUUGGGGUUCAGUUGUUUUCUUUUUUGAGUUCACUUUGGAUCCUUUUUUCUUUGUAUGACUUUUGCUGCUGAAGGACAGAACAUGCCUUCCUCCGUGCGGAGCUGGGGCCACCAGGCUGAGCGCAGGCCCAGCCGUGGGCCUGGGAGGCACCACUGAUCUCGCUGCUCUUCCAGCCCUUCAGACGAGAUCCUGUUUCAACCAAAUGCGGGGAAACACGACUACUUUUUUUUUUUUUUUCUUUUUGAGUUUUGUUUUGUUUUUCCUUCAGAGCCUUAUUUGAGGCGCCACAGACAGUGGUGGGCGGGGAGGAGAUAGGAAACGCUCAUCUCCAGUUGUCUGUUCCCAUGUGUGUGUGUGUGAACAUUCACAGCCCAGAACCACAGACGUGUCUCGGGGAGCCUGGCAAAGGCGUUCCUCAUCACCAUCGUGUUUGCAAAGGUUAAAAAAUGCAAAGACAAAAAAACAAAACAAAACAAAAAAAAUCAAAAAAAAAAAAAAACCCACCAAGAAAAAAAAAACAGAAUCAUCCCCCCUGGCCUCUGCUUCCAACCCCCAAGAGGGUAGGUGGUCCCUUGUGCCUGGGCUUCCCAGGGGAGCUGCCGGGCUGACCUCUGGGCCCACAGAGCCUUGCUUUCGUCCCCAGCAUUGCGGUAUGGCGUGGUGUUGGUAAGCUGUGGAUCCGGCCGUGUGGCCUCGGUGAUUGACACAGGUCAGGGUGUGUACCACGCCCCGCACACCUCAGGGCCGAGCAGGGGCACAGCUGGCCCUUCGGGUCCAGGCCAGUGGGCCUGGGAGCACACGUCUGUCCUCAGAGCAGGGGCCAGAUGAUUUCCCUCCCUGGUUUGCAGCUGUCUUCAAAGCCCCUGAGAGUCCCUCUUUUCCACUCCUUCAAGAUGCCCUCAUAAACCAAUGUGGCAAGACUACUGGACUUCUCUCAAUGGUACUAUAAUCAAUCCUUAUUCUCUCGGCUCGCUGAGGGGCAGGGAGAGGGCCUCUGGGCAGCACUAUCUAGGUAGGUAAGUGGGGGCGGGGAAGGGUGCAUAGCUGUUUUAGCCGAGGGACGUGGAGCAGACGUCCCCAGAUCUAGCUAGGCUCAGUCAAGAUCAACAAUCCAGGGUUGGUAAUGUUGGAUGAAACAUUCAUUUUUACCUUGUGGAUGCUAGUGCUGUAGAGUCCACUGUUGUACACAGUCUGUUUUCUAUUUGUUAAGAGAACUACAGCAUCGUUGCAUAAUUCUUGAUGGUAAUAAAUUUGAAUAAUCAAGAUUUCUUACAAA